GGGGAGGUCGCGACCACACGUGUGCUUUCCGACGGGGGUGGUGGUGGAAUUUUGUCACCGUGGAAACCCGUCUCCUCUCCUUUCCCUGUACCCCAUUACGGGCGGCCAAACUCUCCGUCUUGCUAGAGACCUCACGGUCCAACCCCAUUCCUUAGCAUGUGCGGGCCUCCAUGUGCCCCAUCUCAGCCCUCAGCUGGCAGUCGUCUCUCCAUCGCCCCCGCCUCACACACCCACCCUUCAGCUGCUUUAGUCGAAAACUCCUUUCCUUACAAGGACAACCUUGUCCCACGAUCAUGGCAAAUCACCUGAAGUUCAUUGCCAGGACUGUGAUGGUACAGGAAGGAAAUGUGGAAGGUGCAUACAGGACCCUGAACAGAAUUCUUACUGUGGAUGGGCUUAUUGAUGACAUCAAGCGGCGGAGAUACUAUGAGAAGCCAUGUCGCCGACGACAGAGGGAAAGCUAUGAGACUUGUCGGCGCAUCUACAACAUGGAAAUGGCACGAAAAAUUAACUUCUUGAUGCGCAAGAAUCGGUUGGAUCCAUGGCAGGGCUGCUGAGACUAGUAGGGAAAAAGAGACCCAAUGUGAAAACUCCCUAGUAGGCAAAAGCAAUGUCUCCACGGGUUUGUUCUAAAAACCUAAAAACUGGGGAAUUUGAUUCCCUCUUUUUCCAGCCAUGUUUGCUCCUGCCACCUUUUCAAUCCCAAUAUACUUAGAUAAAUACGUGCUUUUGUACCAGCUAUCUAGAGACUCUUACCCCUACCAGUGAGUAAUAUCAUCAAAUGUUCCUCCUUGCCACCAUAUCUCUCUGAUGAAUGGAAAAACCCCAUAGGACUGUGUCUUUGCCAUUCUGAAGAAACUUGGGGGGCGGGGUGGGCAGAUACUUCAAAAAAGAAUGAGUAGGGGGCAGCUAGGUGGUGCAGUAGAUAAAGCACCAGCCCUGGAUUCAGGAGGACCUGAGUUCAAAUCCAGCUUCAGACAUUUGAUACUUGUUAGCUGUGUGACUCUGGGCAAGUCACUUAACCCUCACUGCCCCGCAAAAAAACAAAAACAAACAAAAAGAAUGAGUGGAGUACAAUGCUUUUAUUCCAUUCCUUGCCCCCUAAUAGUUCCCAGUAAGGAAAACUACAGACCACAGAUAAGAAAAGUCACCUAGUAUUGUUUGGAAAAGUCAUCUCUUCUCUCUACUGACUAAUUUCCUAAACUGAAGAAGGGUAAGGCUCAUGUAGCUGGAAUAAACUUUACUUCUGAAAAACCCAA